CAGUGGGGAGAGUCAGAAGUCCCUGGGCAGGAUACAGCACCUACAGCUCUGUGCUGCUGCAAGUGACCAUCCCUCCAUCAGCCCUUAGCCUCUACUCCAGUAGCACUUUCUCUGGGGGCCCCCCUGGUACCCCUGCCUGAGCUUCUGCAGUUGUAGGAGCCAACCGGGUUUCUACUCCUCCAGGAGCUGUUUCUGCCCAUGGCUGCCUGCACCCCUUGCCACAGGUCUCAGGACUAAAGCCAGGCACACUCAGCCUGGGGUGUGUCUCUCCAAGGUCCUGUGCCACCCACCCCGCAGCCUCCCCACAAUCCCUGAGAGCUGGCUCCGCAAGUGGGAGUCCAGGCUGGAGCAGACACCCAACCUGUCUAACCUGUCUGACGUCAGCUCUCUCCACCCACCUGGGCCCCAGGUGCUGGCCGCCUCUCUUCCUGUUCUCUGCUUCCGACUUUCAGCACCCCCACCUGCCGGAGCUGAGCCUCUCCAGCUCUGCCUGGCCCUCUGCCCCUCUGGCUGCAGAAGUCUCUUGGCCCCCAAUGAGAGGAGAGGUGGGGCCCGGCCUCUGGAGAGCCGAGGGCUGAGGGCACUGAGCGACACAGUCUCGUGACCUCUGCCCCUCCAAGCCACCUGCACCCUCCAUGAGGAGACAAGAUGGGGAACGGGACCGAGGAAGAUUAUAACUUUGUCUUCAAAGUGGUGCUGAUUGGCGAGUCUGGUGUGGGGAAGACCAACCUGCUGUCCCGCUUCACACGCAAUGAGUUCAGCCACGAUAGCCGCACCACCAUCGGGGUGGAGUUCUCCACCCGCACUGUGAUGCUGGGCACUGCUGCCAUCAAGGCCCAGAUUUGGGACACGGCCGGCCUGGAGCGCUACCGGGCCAUCACCUCGGCUCUCUGUCCGCCCCCGCUCCCGCCCAGGUACUAUCGGGGAGCAGUUGGCGCCCUCCUCGUGUUUGACCUGACCAAACACCAGACCUAUGCCGUAGUGGAACGCUGGCUGAAGGAGCUCUAUGACCACGCCGAGGCCACUAUUGUUGUCAUGCUCGUGGGGAACAAAAGUGACCUCAGCCAGGCCCGCGAAGUGCCCACUGAGGAGGCCCGGAUGUUCGCUGAAAACAAUGGGCUGCUAUUCCUGGAGACCUCGGCUCUGGACUCCACCAAUGUGGAACUGGCCUUCGAGACUGUCCUCAAAGAGAUCUUUGCGAAGGUGUCCAAGCAGAGGCAGAACAGCACCCGGACCAAUGCCAUCACCCUGGGCAAUGCCCAGGCUGGGCAGGACCCCAGCCCUGGAGAGAAGAGGGCCUGUUGCAUCAACCUUUAGCCCUGGCAGUGGCCAACCCUGUCCCCGUCCUUCUGCCCGCCCCCCGCGGCUGCAGGACCUUUCCCUGCCCUUUGGUUCCCUGUUCACAGCCCCCCGGAGCCUCAGGCAGGGCCUUAGUGCCCACUGUGCGUGUACACUGCCUGUCCCCCCCAUCACAGACCAGGACCCUCAAAUAAAGCUGUUUUGUAGCAAUGCCUGGCUGUCCCGCCACCUCCUGUUACUCCUCUUAUCUGUGCCUCCCCUCCAACCCUGGCCCCUCCUGAGUCUCUGGUCUCCUCAGC